GAAGUUAGUGAUUAGUGAGUGUGUCUGUCGUGAAUAUUAAGACUAGUAUUUUUCAUAUUAUUGUACUUUUUUUAGCAUUUUAUGUAUGCAAAGACAAGGCCUAGUCUUACUCAAAUAAAUCCAAAGUGCGUAUAACGUUAUUCAAUGACUUGCAAGUUUUCAGAAUAAUUUACAAAGUUGUUCAAGACUAUCGUGACAGGACAAGUUGAAAAGUUGAUUAACAGUUGUUUUGUUCGUACUGGCUCGUAUCAGUUAUUGGUGUUCAAAGUUCAGAAGUUCAAUCAACUUUGGUGAAGUAGGAAAAGACAUUGUUGUUGCGUUUUAUCAGAGCAAUCGUUGCGUGAGGCAGGAUGUCGGGAGCGGGUGAUGGCGACGCGGAGCUGCGCGCGUUGUUCCCGGCGCCGCCGCGCGGGCCGCUGGCCGCCUUCCGCGAGCAGGCCUCCUUCGACUGGCGCCGCAUGAAGCUCGCCUACGACUCCAUACAGGCUAUACGAGCUAAGGACAAAAUAUGGAAGUUCAUGGAGGAGCACCCGUUGUUCAAGCACUCGGAGGCGACCCCGUCGCUGGACGAGCAGAGACACCUCGCCACCAAGCGCAUGUAUGUCAUCCACAAUGCGGACCUUGUGCCCUUGGAGGAGAUAGCCAUGCACCCGCGGCUGUUCCAGUCGUUCACGGAGGCCAUCUUCAUGUGGGACAGCUCGCUCGCCAUCAAGCUGUCGCUCACCUUCCGCAUGUUCUCCAACACCAUCCGCGGCAGCGGCCGGGACCACCACUUCCCACUCAUUGAGGCGUGCGACGAGGGCAAGAUCGGCGGGUGCUUCGCGCUGACGGAGAUCGCGCACGGCUCCAACGCCAAGGGCAUGCGCACCACGGCCACCUACCUGCCCGACGAGCAGUGCUUCGAGCUGCACUCGCCCGACUUCGAGGCCGCCAAGUGCUGGGUGGGCUCGCUGGGCAAGUGCGCGACGCACGCCAUCGUGUACGCGAUGCUGGUGUCGAAGGGGCAGAGCCACGGGCUGCACGCCUUCGUGGUGCCGGUCCGCGACCCGCGCACGCUGCGCCCGCUCGCCGGCGUCACCCUCGGCGACCUCGGCGAGAAGGUCGGCCUCAACGGCGUCGACAACGGGUUCGUGAUGUUCAACAAGUACAAGCUGCCGCGCUCGGCGGCGCUGGACCGGCUGGGCGGCGUGGACGCGCGCGGCGACUACCGCUCGCCCUUCCGCGACCCCGCCAAGCGCUUCGGCGCCUCGCUCGGGAUACUCUCAGGCGGGCGCGUGCACAUAACGUCGAUCUCGACGAACUACCUGCAGAAGGCGGUGGUGAUCGCGGUGCGCUACUCGGCCGCGCGCCGCCAGUUCGCCGCGCCCGGCGCCGCCGCCGAGACGCCCGUGCUGCUCUACCAGCAGCAGCAAGUGCGGCUGCUGCCGUACCUGGCGGCCACCUUCGCCAUGCGCGUCUUCUGCAACUGGUUCGGGGAGGAGCACGUGCGCAUGUCCAUCGACAAUAUGAUGGGGUCCUCGGACGCGGAGCUGGCGGCGCGCGGCGUGGAGCUGCACGCGCUGUCGUCGGCCGCCAAGCCGCUGAGCGGCUGGACGGCGCGCGACGGCAUCCAGAACUGCCGCGAGUGCUGCGGCGGACACGGCUACCUUAAAGCGGCCGGCAUCGGCGAGCUGCGCAACGACAACGACGCGAACUGCACGUACGAGGGCGAGAACAGCAUGCUGCUGCAGCAGGCCAGCAACUGGCUGCUCGGCGUGUGGGCGCGCCGCCACCAGCCCGCCUUCGCCGACACGCCGCUCGGCUCCGUGCACUUCCUCGCGCGAGCGACGUCGCUGCUCGCGGAGACGUGCGCCGCCGACACCAAGGAGGACAUCGUGCAACCUGCCACCGUGGUGCGCGCGUACGAGUGGCUGACGACGUACAUGCUGCGGCUGACGGCCGACAAGGUGUCGCGCCUGCGGAGCGAGGGCCGCAGCGACUACGACGUGCGGAACGACUCGCAGGCCUACACCGCCGUCACGCUGGCCGUCGUCUACGGGGAGCACUUCAUGUUGAGCCACUUGUACAAGACGGCGCUGGCGCUCCCGGACGCGGCGUGCCGCGGCGUGCUGCUGCGGCUGGCGGCGCUGUACGGCGCCUUCAUGCUCGAGCGCCACAUGGCCACGCUCUACAUUGGCGGGUUCUUCUCCGGUGAGCAAGGGCUGCUGCUGCGCGAGGGCAUCGUGUGGCUGUGCGCGGCGCUGGCGGCCGAGGCGGUGUCGCUGGCGGACACGCUGGCGCCCCCCGACUGGUGUCUCAACUCCGUGCUCGGCUACGCUGACGGCGAGGUGUACAAGCACAUCCAGGACGGCAUCCUCACGUACCCCGGCGCGCUGGAGCGCCCGCGCUGGUGGCGCGACGUCGUGCACUGGGACACCUACGUGCCCGCCAAGCUGUAGGCACACACACACACACACACACGCACUCUACACAGCUGAUCGACUAUACUCAGGCGUUUCAGAUUCAGACUCUUCACUAUCACAAUUAAAUGACAAAAUAUGUCACAUUAUGAAUUAGCAAAACGGGAAUGCAGAAAUUUAAGAAAUUGAUGAAAGUUGAAUCGAGUUAGGUGUCAUAUUAACUUACUUGGAAUUAAGUCUAAAUUCGCAGGUACAGCUUCUAAUGUAAAUAAAAUGAAACGAUAGUUACCCGAUAGUGACUUUAUAUGAAUGUGCAGAAAUGGCAAUAUUAGUUUACAUUAAUAAAAAUACUCCAAAGCCAACCUCAAGUAGGUAGGUUUUAAUUUAUUUUAUAUUCAAUCCAAUGUAUAAUUUAUCACAUUAUAUAGCUACUGACAACGUUGUACGAUGCAUUCCAAUUAUAUUUUGUUGUAUAUUUCGAAUAAAAUCAAGAAAAAGACAACAUUUAGUUAAAAUGAGUCCAAGUUUAGGUGUAUUCCUAGCCGUCCCCGCCGGUCGCGCGGGAGCGGGGAGCGGGCAGCGGGGACAGGUGGGAACAUGGCCGACGCGCUAUUCAAGAUGAUGCUCAAUUUUUUUUUGUGCCUAAAUAGUUAUAAGUAAUAUUUUUAUAAUCGGAAUUUAUUUUUGUUACUAUUGACAUAUACUUUAUACACGGUUAUGGUUACCUAAUAAAUGUUUUUAUACGAGGGUUA